AUGCCUAUCCAGCACCCGGUGCCUGUCUUCAGCGCGGCGCUGCGGGAGGCGCUCGCAGAGCACUACAAACAUCACUGGUUUCCCGAGAAACCGUUUAAAGGCUCUGGGUAUCGCUGCAUCCGGAUCAAUCACAAAAUGGACCCCAUUAUCAGCAAGGCAGCUAGCCAGAUCGGACUCAGCCUACCGCAGCUCUACCAGCUCCUGCCCAGUGAGCUCACACUCUGGGUCGACCCCUACGAGGUCUCAUACCGCAUCGGUGAGGAUGGCUCCAUCUGUGUUUUAUACGAAGCGACUGCAACGAAACCCGUGAGCUCCUAUGGGAUGCUUACUUGUAAGAACCAGAUGAUGUUAGGUCGCACCAGUCCUUCCAAAAACUACAUCAUGACUGUCUCCAGCUAA